GGGGGGCGGAGCCGGGGCGCGGGAGGAGGAGGAGCCGCGGAGCAGCAGCCGGAGGACCACUGCUCCCCAGGCUGCGGAGGACGGACUGCCCGCGCCCCCGACCGCCCGCCAGCAUGAUCGCCGCGCAGCUCCUGGCCUAUUACUUCACCGAGCUCAAGGAUGACCAGGUCAAAAAGAUUGACAAGUAUCUCUAUGCCAUGCGGCUCUCCGACGAAACGCUGAUAGAUAUCAUGACUCGUUUCAAGAAGGAGAUGAGGCAUGGUCUUUCCCGGGAUUUUAAUCCGACAGCCACAGUCAAGAUGUUGCCAACGUUUGUAAGAUCCAUUCCUGACGGUUCAGAGAAGGGGGACUUCAUCGCCCUGGACCUUGGUGGGUCUUUCUUCCGAAUCCUGCGGGUGCAAGUGAGCCUAGACAAGGACCAGAACGUGCAGAUGGAGUCCGAGGUGUACGACACGCCGGAGAGCAUCAUGCACGGCAGCGGGAGCCAGCUUUUCGACCAUGUCGCUGAGUGCCUGGGAGACUUCAUGGAGAAAAAACACAUCAAGGACAAGAAACUGCCCGUGGGACUCACGUUUUCCUUCCCUUGUCGCCAGUCCAAGAUAGAUGAGGGCAUCCUGAUCACCUGGACGAAGCGGUUUAAAGCGAGCGGAGUGGAGGGAGCGGACGUGGUGAAGCUGCUUAACAAAGCCAUCAAAAAACGCGGGGAUUACGAUGCCAACAUCGUGGCCGUGGUGAACGACACGGUGGGGACCAUGAUGACGUGUGGCUACGACGACCAGCACUGUGAAGUCGGCCUCAUCAUCGGCACCGGCACCAACGCCUGCUACAUGGAGGAGCUGAGGCACAUCGACCUGGUGGAGGGCGACGAGGGGCGCAUGUGCAUCAACACCGAGUGGGGGGCCUUCGGGGACGACGGGGCCCUGGAGGACGUCCGCACGGAGUUCGACCGCGAGAUCGACCGGGGCUCCCUCAACCCGGGCAAGCAGCUGUUUGAGAAGAUGGUCAGCGGCAUGUACCUGGGGGAGCUGGUUCGCCUGAUCCUGGUCAAGAUGGCCAAGGAGGGCCUGCUGUUCGAAGGGCGCAUCACCCCGGAGCUGCUCACCAGGGGCAAGUUUAACACCAGCGACGUGUCAGCCAUUGAAAAGAACAAGGAAGGCCUCAGCAACGCCAAAGACAUCCUCACCCGCCUGGGCGUGGAGCCGUCCGAUGUCGACUGCGUUUCCGUCCAGCACGUGUGCACCAUCGUCUCGUUCCGCUCGGCCAACCUGGUGGCGGCGGCGCUGGGCGCCAUCCUGAAUCGCCUCCGAGAUAACAAGGGCGUCCCCAGGCUGCGGACCACGGUUGGUGUCGACGGGUCUCUUUACAAGACGCACCCACAGUUUUCCCGUCGUUUCCACAAGACCCUGCGGCGCUUGGUGCCCGACUGCGACGUGCGUUUCCUCCUGUCGGAGAGCGGCAGCGGCAAGGGGGCGGCCAUGGUGACCGCCGUGGCCUACCGCCUGGCGGAGCAGCACCGGCAGAUCGAGGAGACGCUGGCGCACUUCCGCCUCACCAAGGAGAAGCUGCUGGAGGUGAAGAAGAGGAUGCGGGCCGAGAUGGAGAUGGGGCUGAAGAAGAAGACCAACGACAAGGCCGUGGUGAAGAUGCUGCCCUCCUUCGUCCGCAGCACGCCGGACGGGACCGAGAAUGGUGACUUCCUGGCCCUGGAUCUCGGAGGAACGAACUUCCGCGUCCUGCUGGUGAAGAUCCGCAGUGGGAAGAAGAGAACGGUGGAAAUGCACAACAAGAUCUAUGCCAUCCCCAUCGAGAUCAUGCAGGGCACGGGGGAGGAGCUGUUUGACCACAUCGUGUCCUGCAUCUCCGACUUCCUGGACUACAUGGGGAUCAAAGGCCCCCGCAUGCCGCUGGGCUUCACCUUCUCGUUCCCUUGCAGCCAGAAGAGCUUGGAUGCGGGAAUCUUGAUCACCUGGACGAAGGGGUUCAAGGCCACCGACUGCGUGGGGCACGACGUGGCCACCUUACUGCGGGACGCGGUGAAAAGGAGAGAGGAGUUUGAGCUGGACGUGGUGGCUGUGGUCAACGACACAGUGGGCACCAUGAUGACCUGUGCUUAUGAGGAGCCCAGCUGUGAGGUUGGACUCAUCGUAGGGACGGGCAGCAACGCCUGCUACAUGGAGGAGAUGAAGAACGUGGAGAUGGUGGAGGGCAACGAGGGCCGGAUGUGCAUCAACAUGGAGUGGGGCGCGUUCGGGGACAACGGGUGCCUGGACGACAUCAGAACGCACUACGACGUCCUGGUGGACGAGCUCUCCCUGAACGCGGGGAAGCAGAGGUACGAGAAGAUGAUCAGCGGCAUGUACCUGGGCGAGAUUGUCCGCAACAUCUUGCUUGACUUCACCAAGAAGGGGUUCCUCUUCCGAGGGAAGAUCUCGGAGUCGCUGAAGACGCGGGGCAUCUUCCAGACCAAGUAUCUCUCCCAGAUCGAGAGCGACCGGUUGGCGCUGCUGCAGGUCCGGGCCAUCCUCCAGCAGCUGGGCCUCAACAGCACCUGCGACGACAGCAUCCUUGUCAAGAUGGUGUGCGGCGUGGUGUCCAGGAGGGCCGCGCAGCUGUGCGGGGCCGGCAUGGCCGCCGUGGUGGACAAGAUCCGAGAGAACAGAGGGCUGGACCACCUGGCCGUGACCGUGGGCGUGGACGGGACGCUCUACAAGCUCCACCCGCACUUCUCCAGAAUCAUGCACCAGACGGUGAAGGAGCUGUCGCCCAAGUGCAACGUGUCCUUCCUCCUGUCCGAGGACGGCAGCGGCAAGGGGGCCGCCCUCAUCACGGCCGUGGGCGUCCGGCUCCGGGAGGAGAAGAGCAGCUAAGAGCCCCGGCCCCAGCCCGCGGCCCUUCCGACACUCACUUCCUCUCUCGGAGCGGCGACCCCCCACCUCCCCGCGCGCGGGGCUGGGCCGCCAGCCCCGGAGCCCGCCACUGCCACCGCGGGAGGAGAGCGGACCGGCCACCGGCGCCAGCGCAGGGUGCAGAACGGCGUGUGUGCUGCUGCUAAUACCUCUCACCCGGGCCCUCUGCCCCCCACCCCCCUGCAUGAGUUGAUUUCACCCUGGCUGCCCGGCCCCACGUGUGAAGUGUCGUUCUAAUUUAUGCGUUCGCCCGACAUUAUUUAUUGGCCUGAGAUGACACGUCCCACCGUCCGACAGGCCUCCUGGGCGUCCGCAGCCCCGUCCGUGGGGACGCACCGCCCCCCCUGGUGUGAGAUGUAUCACCACCAGCAGACACUGCCGCCUCCCGUCCCGGCGCCCGCUGCUGUCUGGCCUCCCCGGGUUCCCGUCCGGCGUGUCCGCGCCACUGGGCUGUGUGUCUGUGGGCCACGUGGUGACUGUCUUGCAUUCUGUCUUGGGGUGGGGGAGUGGGGGAGGUGGGCGGUCCUGUGGCAACGUGUCUUGUCUCCCGUGUAAAAGGAACCAACCAAACAGUGCCCUCCUUGGAACUCCCCAUCGCUUCUGUGAGCCAUGUCGUACGACCUAGUAAACUUUGUACCAAUUCA